GCCAUUCCGUUCCUCUCAUCUUUCUCAUUUUUAGAAAACAUUCUUCUCUGUUUUCCGUUUCCCUUUUUUCCACCAUGAAUCCCUAAUUUAAACCCUUCCUUUUCUCCAUCUCCAUCUCCAUCUCCACCGAUCAUGGCCUCCUCCGUCGCCCGGAUUCCCGCCGCCGAUGAGUGGCGUGUAUCCACCUUCUCCCAUCCCUCCUUCUCGAACCACCUCAAGCUUCGCGUCCGCAUCCCUUCCUCCGAUCCUGAUGACGAUCUCAAUCUCAACAAGGAUGGCGUUGCGGUCUCUGCUUCUCAGUCUCAGAGACGGCUUUCUCGGGUUGUUGAUCGAUGGACUCCUCGUGAACCUCGCGAGAUCUCUUCCACCAUCGAGCGCCAGGCUCAUCAGGCUGAGAUCUCCGCUCUGACCAACAUCUCCCAGCCGGUUUCGGCCCGUGCUGCUUCUUUCCUCCGUGAUACCUCGCCGGGGUUGUCUGAGUGCUCUGGAAACAGCGUUGACUUGCCCCGUAACGUUCGCGCGUCGUCGUUGAUCCAGAUGUGGCGGGAGAUCGAGGCUGAGUCUGUGCCCACUCCCACUCCUCUCUCCACCGCCGAUUCGGGGACCAACGUUAUUGUCUCUAUUUCGUCCGAUGAGCCCUCGGUUAUCUCCAAUGACUCUGAGGUUUAUGCUGGUUGGGAUUCUGAUAACGCUGCGAGCGAGCCGGCGAAUGCUCCAAUGUUGCCGGAGAGUGAGGGGAGUCGGGUUGGACAUAUAGUGAAGCUGCUGAGUUCCGGCAGCCAGAAAUUGAGCUCUGAGGAGAAUGGGAGCGAUGAGAGUGAGCACUUGGGUGGAGAAGGCUUAUUUUCAGGGUUAACUCGUUUGCGGAUUAGAAGAAGGUAUGAUAUCGAGGGAUUGAUGGCGAGGAUGGAUCAAGAGAGACGCACGGAACUCGAUACUCUGAAAGAACGGCAGGCAGUAUCCCGGUUCUCGCAUCGUGGUAGGAUUCAGACGUUGCUUAGGCUUAUGCUCUUGCGACGAGAAGUAUCAGCUGAAGCUCAGGAACGACACAGUUCAAAACCAGCAGAAUUAAACCAAUUGCAGAGUAGAUCCACUAUUGUUGUCUUAAGGGAGAAGUUUAACCUUAAAGACCAGCAGGAAAGAGAAGUCCGGACUGCUGAGAACUCUGGAAGCUCCUCACAUAUUGAGCUCCCAAUUAAUUCUCAGGAUUCCUGUGAUAGUGGCUUAAAUGAUCAGUUUCCGUUGGAUGAGAAUGUUUGUGAAGAAGCGUUGUCGUCAAGAGAUUCAGAAAGCACGCCACCAGAACCCAACUCGCCACAAUCUCGAAAUGAAGACCAACAUGAGGGAAGUCCAACCCCGGAUUUCUCAUGGGAGGAAAGAAGUUUGGACGGAAGCAAUAUUGACUGGGGCAGGCCUUCGAAUUCUUCUUCACAUUGUUGGCAAGCUGAGGCUGUAAUACAGGAACCAGAGCCAUAUAUUCCACAGAAUACACUACAUACAGAGUGCACCUGGAUGAGUACUCCAAAUCCAAAUCAGUGGGGAGAUUUAGUAGUAAGUGGCCGAGCUUUGGCCGAUGGCUUUCUUGAGAAUUUCUCUGAAAAUGUGGAGAUCCGUGAACUCCUGCAAAGAAGACCAGUUUCAACAUCCCUUGCAAGUGACUUCCGGGACAGGAUGGAUAGGUUGAUGCUGACUCUUCUACGCAAACAAGCUCAACAGUGUUAUUAUGAUGAGAAUUUUGCGGCAGAGGAUGAAGAGCAACCUGUUUGGAGGCAGAAUAUUGAAUUCCAUGAUGCCAAUCAAGUUGCAUCCUCAUCAUUGGUACCUUUACCAUUUCAGACUGUUCAUCAUCCUGGGAACUGGGAGCAAGCUUCCGUGGAAAUGGAGGCCGGAAAUGAUUUAAGAAGUGAGAUAACUCAAAUCCAUAACGAAAUCCGUGAACUGCGGAAAUUGGUGGAAAGCUGCAUGGAAUGGCAAGUGAGGUUGCAACAACAUUCUAUCAAGCCGGAGGUUCCUGCCUCAGUUUCCAAGUCAGUCAAGAUACAGAACACUUUCUCACAAUUCCAACUGGGCACCGACAAAGAAAAGCAACUGUUGCAUCUGCUAUGAAAUGCAAGUUGACACACUGCUCUACAGGUGUGGACAUAUGUGUACUUGUUUCAAGUGUGCUCAUGACUUACUAUGGAGCAGUGGAAGAUGCCCAGUUUGCAGAGCUCUAAUUGUGGAUGUUGUGAAGGCGUGUUCUAAUUUCUAACUACGUUUUUUGAUAAACCCUAACAUCUUUUUUUUCUUCUUCCUCAAGGUGAUGAUGAUGCUGUUUAAGCACCAUGACACAGAGCAGCAACCUUUUGGAAAAAAAUAUUAUUGAUAACCUUAUAUAUUAUAUAUAUAGAUAAAUAUAUAGAAUUAUACAGUUCUCUAACAUGUGUAGGUAUUUAAUAAUAAUAUAUAAAUAGAUGGAUGGAAUUUGACAUCAAAAAACAAUGUCAUUUCAAUUCUAGAUAUGUAUUUAUAUUGAUUCUAUUGGAAUAGGUUUUGGACGUAGAAGAUAAUAAUCAAAAUUUAGGGAAGAAGUAAGAGGUGUUACUCUUCUGCAUUCUUUUA